AUGUAUGUGCGUAUUUUCAUUGUGGAAGAAUUAUCUGAUGAUGAUAAUGAUAACGAUGAUGAUAAUGAUGACAACACCAAUAACAACAAUAAAAAUAACAAAAUAACAACAACAACAACAGCAACAGCAGCAACAACAACAACAACAACAGCACAGCAACAACAACAACAGCAACAGCAACAACAACAACAGCAACAACAACAACAACAACAGCAACAACAACAACAACAAUAA